AUGGAAUGGAUGGGGUCUUGGGUGUUAGUGGACAAUCGUGGAACUCUAAAGGUUCUUUAUGUGGUUCAACGACGUCAAUCAAGGCCACAAUGUACCUUUCGUUGCAGUUUAAACAAAGGCCUUUUGCUCAUCGAUCUUGGGCCUCGACUUGUAUCAGGCGUCAUGGAGCUGAUGGUUAGGGUAGAGUGGGUGAGAGUAAGGGUGAAGGGGUGGGGGCUUGGGUUGUGGUGGAAGGGGAAUGACAUUUAA